GCUGCGGGCGCAGGCGGGCGGCCGGUGCCGGCGCCUGGCUCGCGCCCUUGCUGCUCGCCUCCCUGGCGUCGCCCGGCAGCACAGCGUCGCCCUCGUACUGCACGAAGGACGUGCUCCAGCAGUAUUCCACUGGCUGGCCUGCACAACUUGAUUGGGGUAUCUAUUGGUUUGGGCCCGGGGACAAGUCCGAGAAGGCGGUGCCUGGGCAGAAGUCGCAGUACUACGACCCCAAGAAAAAGACCCUGAUCUACUUUCAUGGCUGGACGGGCAAGGACGGCGGCACCACGGCGAGCUGCAAGCGCGUCACGACCGCGUGCCCCGGCGGGCAGACCGGCUGCCCGGCUGCUGGAGACCACCCGCUCGCGGAGAACUGGCUCGCGGACGGCUGGAACGUCGGCUUCUUCUACUGGGACCAGUUCGCCGACGAGGACUGCACCCGCGACGCAGAGCAGAAGGUCUGGUUCGAUCGCGACGGCGACGGCCUCCGCUGGAAGAGCUUCGACCCCCAGACGGGGAGCGAGAAGCACGAGCACUACAAGGAGGAGGCGUCGACGGUGGCGGACCUCUGCGUGCAGGCGGUGGAGCAGAAUCUCGGGGACUUUGCUGGUGGCGCCGUGCGAUUCGUGGGCCACUCCAUCGGCGCCCAGCUGGCGGCCCGCUGCGCCGGCAAGCUGCACAUGUGGACCCCGAGGGACCUGCCGAGCAAGCUGCUGAGCGGCAAGGUGGGCCACCCCGCCGCUCCGCAGCGGCUGGCGCUGCUGGAGCCCUACUUCACCAAACACCACUUCGGACUGUUCCGAUGCCACAAGGUGGAAACUGGCUCCGGCAUCGGGAAAUUCACCGCGAUGGCCUUACCAGGGUACGUGGGAAAUCUGAGAGAGAAGUACGGGGUUGUGACCGAGGUGUACAAGUCCUCCGCGUACACGGAGGAGGCGCCUGAGCUCUCAUAUUUGUUCCUGAUGGCCUUGGCGGAGAGCACCGCAAUGCUGUCCAUGGAUGAGGUGGCCAAGCAUAACACGAAGGAGGACUGUUGGGUGGUGCUCUACGGCAAGGCCUACGACCUGGGGAAGUUCGCCAAGGUGCACCCUGGCGGCGCAAAGCUGAUUUUCGACUGCGCCGGGAAGGACGCCACCGCCGUGUUCGACCCCAUCCACCCCAAGGACAUCAUGCAGAAGCUGCUGAAGCCCGCCCUCACCAUGGGCGUCGUGGACCCGGCCACCAUCAGGGACGAGCACAGGUUGCAGCCGCCGGGGAAGGCGGCCCCCGCCGCGAAGGAGGCGGCGCCGGCGGUGGCGGACGGCGAGGCUCAGGUCGUGGAGUUCGUGAAGCCGCCCCUCGCCGCGAUGCUCAACACGUUCGACUUCGAGUCGGUGGCCCGGGAGGUCAUGGAGCCGCAGGCCUGGGGCUACUACUCCAGCUCGGAGAAGAGCAACGGCGGUGACGACGAGAUCACCCUCCGCGACAACCACAUGGCCUUCCAGCGCGUCACGAUGCGGCCGCGCAUCCUCGUGAACGUCAGCGACAUCGACAUGGCCACGAGCUUCCUGGGCGUGCCCGCCGCACUGCCGCUCUACUUCACCGCCACCGCCCUCGCGAAGCUGGCCCACCAGGACGGCGAGGUGGCCAUCGUCAGGGCCGCCCGGAAGGCGGGCGUCCCGUACAUGCUGCCCACACUGAGCUCCUACACCCUGGACGAGAUGCUGGCCGCGCGGGAGCCCGGCCAGGAGGUCUUCUCGCAGCUGUACGUGAACCCAGAGCGCUCCCGGACGCAGGAGUACGUGGAGAAGCUCGAGCAGCAGGGCGUCCGUGCCCUCUUCGUCACCGUGGACGCGCCGCAGCUCGGGCGGCGCGAGAAGGACAUGCGCAACAAGUUCACCCAGCAGGGCUCCGACGUGCAGGGGGACGACGAGGACGAGGGCGAGGUGGACCGCUCGCAGGGCGCCACCCGGGCGAUCAGCAGCUUCAUCGACCCCAGCCUCAGCUGGGACGAUGUGCCCUGGCUGCAGUCCAUCACCAAGAUGAAGGUCCUCCUCAAGGGCGUGCAGUGCGGCGAGGACGCCGUGCGGGCCUGCGGCGCCGGCCUCGCCGGGUGCGUGCUCUCCAACCACGGCGGCAGGCAGCUGGACACCUGCCGCUCCGGCAUCGAGGUGCUGCCCGAGGUCAUGGAGGCCCUGCAGGCGGCGGGCUACAAGAAGGACGACUUCACCGUCUUCAUCGACGGCGGCAUCCGGCGGGGCGCGGACAUCUUCAAGGCCGUGGCCCUCGGCGCGGCCGCCUGCGGCGUCGGCCGCCCCGUGCUGUACUCGCUCGCCUCCUACGGCGAGAAGGGCAUCGUGCGCAUGGUGCACAUGCUGCAGGACGAGCUGCAGAUGGUGAUGCGCCUCAGCGGCACCGCGAGCAUCGCGAGCAUCACGCCCGGCCACGUCAUCACCAGGAACCUGGCCGACCACAUCGUGCCGCUGCCGCAGGACCACCUGGUGCAGGGCACGUACAUGCCGCUGAUGCCGGCGGCCCGGCUGUGA